CCUUGAUCAAAAAGCCACCCGUUUAAUCCACGCCAUCCUCGCUAAACCAUGGAAUAGCAAUGUCAAAGCUGAGUGCUUCAAGUCAUCUGGAUGGGCAGGAUAGGGUUUGAUCCGCCCACUGUCCGAGCAUUUUCGACUGUGAGGCUCCAAAGAAUAAUCGAAAAACUAGAUGGUGAAGAUGUUCCUUGGAUGCCCAUGGCCUCAGUGACUAAAAAGUCAUGUCCUGAGACCCGUGUUGCCUGUCCCAGAGAGGUGGCAGCCUACACUAAUUGAGGCUAAACCCGAAUGAAGUUAGCCCUUCACUUGCCUUGGCUCUCGCAUGUACUUUUGACCUCAAGAAGCUCCUGCGCCCUCUGCGCAUGUCGCACUCCCUUUCGCAAUCUUCAUAUAUCCCCGUCCAUAUUCCUCCGCUCCAAGGCACUGCUAAGACGCACGCCAGUCAUCCGUACAAUGGCCUCUACCCUCACCUUUCAGCCAACCAAUUUCCAGUCACAAAGUCCAUUAUUUGGCGUCCUCCCAGGCGAGAUUAGGAAUGAGAUAUUUGCGUAUGCACUCAUGCAAUAUGAAGAUGAUGCGGCAUCUUACCCGGAGGACUCGUACUGGUACAGACCAGGUUUUUCAGGCCCGCGCAAAGCCAACAGCGCAUUGCUGCAAACGUGUAAAGCAGUGUAUACAGAGGGCCAAAAAGUGUUCUUGAGGGACCUUGAGUGGGCAUUCUGGUUCGACCGUGGACCAUCUGGCCGCUCCGGCAACGUCGCAUGUUUGAGUUUCUUCAGCGAUCUCAGCCCACAGGCCGCUCAAGCUCUGGAGAAAGUCCGCUUCUUUACGCAGAUGUACUGGCUCGAGGACGGUAGCAAUCUCCGGCGUAUCUUCGCGGAGCCACAGUUUCGUCCCUCGGAACUCACAAUCACCAUCCGAUAUUCGGAUUGGUGGUGGUGGGAGGACAACGCCCCUAUGACGAUGAAAGAAACGUGGCUACGUAACUUCCUCGGGAGCCCAGGACUGCGCAAGCUGAGAGUUGAGUACGAGACGUUGAGCUGGAAGAAAGAGGAAAUGAUGCGUAUUGUCGAGAGGAACAAAAAGUGGAAGUUGCCUGUGAGAACUGACGUAGAUUCGAACGAGUUCGAUGGCUAUCUGAGUGCUGAGAAGACUGCUUUAUCGGAAUGGACUUGGAAAGGGACCAGCAAGUUGGGCGGACAAACCUGGAGUCAUUUUGGCAAAGGCGAGAAGGACGACGGAACGGUCGAGUACAUUGUCGUGACAGACACAUGGAAUUUUGUGCAGGGAAGCCUGGAUGUGGAAGGAAUGAGAGGCAGGGGCCUGCUUGAGGAAUACGAGGAUGAAUACGAGGAUGAAGACGAGGAUGAAGACGAGGAUGAAAAUGACGAUGACGAUGAAUUUGAGGAUGAAGAAGAAUAUCACAGUGACCAGGAGGAAAGCAACGGGGAAUAGAAUGAGCACUGGCAGUCAAUGAGCUGUACGUGCGCUCAUCGCCAAUCUAUUGAUAUCACUUUG